AUGUCCGAGAAUGUUCUCAUCAGGACCAGAAAGUUUAUGUCUAACAGACUUCUUUCCCGCAAACAAAUGAUUUUGGAUGUAUUUCAUCCUGGGCGACCUGUACUUUCCAAAAAGGAAAUUCGGGAGCGUCUAGCGAAGAAGUAUAAAACAACGCCGGACGUUGUUUUUGCCUUUGGCUUCCGCACGAAAUUUGGUGGUGGAAAAUCCUCUGGAUUUGUUAACGUGUAUGAUUCCCUUGAUCACGCUAAACGAUAUGAGCCCAAAUUCAGGCUUGCCCGAAAUGGCCUCAUUGAAAUCAAGAAGGAAUCCCGCAAACAGCGUAAGGAAAAGAAGAACAAGUUAAAGUUAAUCCGCGGUACUGCCAAGGUGACUGGCGUCGAUAAGAAGAAAAAGAAGAAGAGGAAUUAA